GGUCAGAUGUUGCUUUGAAACUGACUUUCCUUACUUUUGUUUAGGUAAUUACCUCCCCAGAUCGAUCACUGAUCCCCAUUAUUUAGGUAAGAUAGCUUUAACAUGAGUUGACUAUAUCCAUGGAAGGUAGCUAAGAGAUGCAAUCGAUGCUUUAACGUGCAACUCGUACUGAGUUCUUCCAAAAUUCAUCUUCCCUAUUAAUCUUUGAUGAUCAUCGAAGAAUCACUUUUCGAUCCUAAAAUAACUCUGUAUGAUGUUGAUUGCCGCUAUCAAUAUAUCAUGAUGAAAGGGAGCCUUACCUCAUGAUUUUUUAAGCUUUACCUUCUUUUAUCAAGGAUGAUGUAAUUUUUUUCAAGGUCACAAUUCCGAUCGACAUAUCUUAGAAUUACAGAGUAAAGUACUUGAAUUUAAGUCUAAUUUCAGUGAAGAACUGCGGGAUCGUGUGGUUUGCCUGGAACGAGGAGGCCAUCAAAACUUAUUAAAGAAUAUUAAAGAACUUAUUAUCUAGAAGUAGACAAAGCAAGAAAUUGUUAGUUCAUAGGUUCUUGUGGAAACAAAUAAUUUUUCUCAAAUUUGCUUGUCACUGUGACCUUUUACGAGCUAGUGUAUUCAAUUUGUACCGGUAGGAUUACUACUGAAAAGUGGUCUUGUGUAAUCAGAGGCUGUAGUGGUUGAGAAGCAGUUGAAACUGGAGCAGUUGAUCAGUAAGAUAUUGAAAAGAAAGCAAUGGUUUGUAGAGCAGCUUUUCAUAACUAAAUUAUUCCUUUGCAGAUCUUUCUUUGGUUCACCAAUCCUCUUUUCUAUAAUGGAAUACAGUCCUCAGUCCACAGCAUCGUCUAUUCCAUUUGACUCCACCACAACACUCACCAUGUCAAUGGCAGAUGAGCUUAAAUCUCAACACAGGCAACUAUUUAAUCCUGUCACACCUGACGUUUCACCACCCGCACAGACUAGUAAUGGGGGAUUCCCUAUAAGGGGUAAAGAAACAGGGGUGAGAUGAAAGAAUUCACAAAUUUACAUCUAUUGUUGCUUCUCUGUGGUUGUGCAAACUGUAGCUCUACUCUUAGCUUAAGCUUAACAGAUAUAUUAUCCAUCUUUUUGGAUCUAUUAUUUGUUUUCUUUGGUUUUAUUCUACCUGAAUGGCAGGGUGAAAAUAGAUGAGGUGACCCUCAAACUCCCCACUCCUUUGAUUUCUUUUCUCUCUUCCAUUUACUGUUUCUCAGUCAGUGUUAGAGGUAAGCAAUAUGACAAAUGCAGAUAUUCAGGAAAUGGAGCAAGUGAGAGAACACCUGCAACUGAUGCUGCAGAACUGUAAAGGAUUCACAGAUCAAAGUGAUUAUGAACAAACUCCAAGAACAACUACAGGUGACUAAUUUACUAUAAACACCUCUGCCCUCUUUUAAGCUGUGCAUUCCAUUCCUCUCAGCUGCUGAAGACAAAGGAGCUUGGCAGAGAAUCAAUUCAAGUAAUUCCAUAUAAGUGACAAACCCAUAAUUGGCCAUUCUUAACCUAGUGGCAACUUCUGUGUAAUAAUAAUCAUUCACAAGAACUUUGAGUCUAUAUCUGUCGUCAAAGUGUUAUUUUACUUAACUCUGACUACCUCCAUUAAACCAAUUGUUUUUCUUUGUUGCAGACUGUGAAACACAAGAAAAUGAAGGGGACAAAGAGUCUACUAUAAGUGUGGAAACAACAUCCUUGUUGCAGAGACUUCUUCCAAAUUCUUCCCCUCUCUCUGAAAUUCAGGUAAAAUGUGUGUCAACUGGAUUUCAAAGAAUUUUUUCUUCUGCUUUAUGUACAAGCUUAACAUUAGAGUUACUUUCAAACUUGAAGAUUCUAAAUGCUUUUAGUUUAUUUGUAAUCAAUGAUUAAAUAUAAUUAUUGAUGUAUAAUGGAUUAUGAAAUAUUGCUCUUGUGAUAGGUUCAUUUUCAAACUCCUGAGCAAGGCGCAUUAUCUCAUGAUCAACAUACCAGGCAGAUGGUGUCAUUUGCCAGUGACAGAAGGUUAAAUGCAAUUCCUACCAGUAAAGUCACCAAUGAGAAAACACUUCUGUCUGAAAAUUCCCUGCUUAGAGAUCAGGUGGAGAAAGAGAGGUUUAGGAGAAAGGUUUGUACCAGCACAGUACACUGAAUGAUGUAAUAUUUGUGCUACAGAGAUGCAGUUAGAUUAAGAUGUGUCAGGUUUAGCUACUUUACAUUAUCUAUCACUUUUUUAUAAGUGAUGAUGCUAGCAAGUAGCAAACUAGAAAUUGUCAAAUGUUGAUCAUCUCUCUUUGGUAGGGCUGUCCUUUUUACCUCUAUCAUGAAAUAAGUAAUUUUAUACUUGUUGCUUCUUUUCAGCACUGUGAACAACAAAUACAGGAACUUCAUAGGAAGGUAAGGCUGCUAUUAAUUAUUAGACAAAUGAUUCAAAAUCUGUUUAAAGGCUUAUUACACUCACAUGUCAAUGGAAUCAAAUAAUGGGAAAGGCUGGAUGAUUUUUUUGUCCAGUCACUUGCCAAACACUAAUAUCUGUUUUGAGCAAAGGCUAAAACAACCAAAGUCCCCAUAAAUGUUUUUGGUAAUAAUCCCUACAAUAAAAGAACUGAGGUCUGUGUGUUAUGUUUCCAAAGAACUCUAACUCAUUUUGAAGCCAUGUGUAGAGAUUCAACAUGAAUAUAUUUUACAGUAAAGUGUUUAAUUAAUGAUUCUUUGCUCACAGCUACUGGAAGCUCAGCAGCAGCUGGCUGUUGCAGUGUCCGCUGAGAGAAAAAAAGAUGCUAUGAUUGAACAACUUGACAAGGUUUGUGUAAAGUAAAACCUCUGUACAGGCUCAAGUGGCCCAUGGGGCUGGCGCUUAACUCCGGUUUCAUUAGCAUGAAGCAGCUUGGAGUAUUGCUACUCCCCCCUGGAUGGGAUGCUUGUCAAUCGCAGGGUUACCCCCAGCAUAUUUGCUGGUACCCAUUUGUACACCUGGGUGAAGAGAAGCACUGUGAGAGUAAAGUGUCUUGCCUAAGAACACAAGACAAUGACCCCAGCCAGGGCUCGAACCCGGACCACUCAAUCUGUAGUCGAGCGCACUAACCAUGAGGCCACCGUGCCUCCCUCAACCUUGACAAGGUUUGUAACUGUACUUUUUUACAUCAUUCAUAAUCAUCUCCAGUUAUAUGACAGAUUAACUGAUUGAUAAUAGUAUCGUGAGUUUAUUAAUUUCUGAGAGUGGUGAAAAAUUAAAAUAAACUGGCACAAAGUUGAAGAAACUAGCUUGGUAUUAACACAGAUCCUUAAAACCAAUAAAAUAUGUUGUGUUCGUGAUCAUGUUGUGAAUUCAACUGCAUUUUUUAAGGGGUGAGCACUUUUUUCUUUAGUGAUAUCAUUGUUCUGCUGCAGACUUUAGCUAAAGUUGUGGAUGGCUGGAAAAAACAUGAAAGUGAGAAGGUAGCCAUUAUCAACCAACUGAAAAUAGAACAGGAAACUGCAGAGCAGUCUCAGCAAAGACAACAGGAGGUGAGAAUUUUUUUAUGUUGACAGACAUCAUUGGAAACUUAGGGUUAUUUCUACAUGCUUUUCAAAUUCUAUAAAAUGGUUAAAUUCCAGAUGUUGCUCCAGUUUGAGAAAGAGCUGGCACAAGCUGUGGAGGCUUUGACUAAAGAACAGGAAAAAGCAGCUCAGGCUGAAAGAGAAAAACAAUCACAGGUUGUCAUUUGUAGAGCAGCUGUCAUGUUGUUUUCUUGUUUUUUAAACUUAUAAAAAUGUGUCAAUACCUAGAAAUUAUUAUGCUGCAUGAUAUGUCUUCUUGCCAAGUGACCCAUACUUAACACCUCAGACUCUUCUGAGAAAGCCUUGAAGAUAUUAGAUGAGUAUAAAAUACUGUGUUAAUCACAUACAUGCAGAUCUAUGUGCACAGUGUCAUAGGCGUUUCUUGGUGCUGCUUAGUGGAAUUUUUCUUCCCCAAAACCAUUCUUCAUAUGCCAAGUCAACUUAGGUUAAGAACAAAUUUCAGCUCAAGCAACAAAAGGAGGAAAGAAACAAGUUACUAGAAUGCCUGUCAAAUGAAAAAGAAGCUGUGUCACGAAUGGAACAGGAGAAAAUUGAACUCAAAAAAGAAAAAGAAGAAGCUGAAGAGAAAUAUGUUCAGACAGAUGAGGCUUUGAAGGAGGUAAGAAAUGAAUGGAUUUCAAAACAUGUUGUUGGCCUAUAAAUAUUAAGAAUAUUAGAACUCAAGAGGCAGUUUUGACUCUUUCAUUCUCAGGAUUCCAAGGAUUAACCUAACAAUUGUUAACCAAAAUAUCAGCACUAUGAUAAUCAGAGAGGUGAUGAAAGAAAACCAUUGACGAGGGAAUUUUGUUUGAUGUAGCAUUCACCAAAUUCUCAAAGAAGUCAUUGUCAGAAAUAUAUAAUAGACAAUAAGAAGAGAUGACACUGGGGUUGAAAUAAUAUUUAAAAGUUGAUGACAAUUCACUUUUUUUGUUUAGCACAAAAGAAUCCUUGAAGAACUUCAAUCAAAAUUCAGCAGCCUGGAAGCAGAACAUAAUGAUUCAAUGGCCAUGGAGAAGGUUCUAUAAAAUUUUAUCUAGUACACGUAUGGUAGAUCUUCAAGUUGUUAGAUGUUUUCAAUACUAAGCAUAUUAUAUCUGCAUUUAUACACUGUGGGAGGGUGUUACAAUUAUAGCAUAUAAGGUUCACUAUUUAUAUCUAUUUUUUUAUCCAAUAUUUAAAUUUAUUUGAUAGUCAUUGUUUUGUUAAUUUAAUCAGGAAAAGCUACGCAAGGAAAUACAGAAUACCAAGGUGAGUCGUCACAUUAGAUUUCAAAAGCUCUAGAACUAGCUACUGCUCUAGCUUUCUAUGUAGUGUUGCAAACUGUUUGUUGCCCUUUUGUAGGAUAGUCAAGUUGUCCUUGCCUCAGUUCAGAAAGAAGUACAGCAUCUUGAGAUGGAGCUUGAUGCAAGUAACAGAGAAAAGGUUUUGAGUAUAUCUUUCUGUAUCUAGUGCAGGAGAUAUCCAAAUAUUCUCUUACCAAAGCCAAUCUUGUGGUUUGACUCUUUUUUUUUAAUCACUUUUUUGUACAAUUAAGUUAAUUAGUGAUUAUUUAAUUAAAGUAGCACUUAUUUCUAUUGUAGCAUUAUGACCAAGAUUUCCUGUUCUACCAAAAGGUUUCAGAUAAUCUAAAGGAUUCACUCAGGGCCCAAAGAGACCUCUACAGUUUCCUAGAAUAGAAAUCUCUUCCACAACUUCUCUUAUUCACAUGAUCAGUAUUUUUAUUAGUUAUACUUGAAUGAAGAUUUUUUCCUGUUCCCAAAUGAUUGAGUUAAUUUUCUAUGUUCUGUAAUAUUCUAAAAAGGCUCUCUCCAAAUCUUAUUUCUUUGGUUGUUUUUAACUUUUAGGAGGGUUUGAAGAUGGAGUUACGUUUGAUGGAAGCCAAACAUGAAGCAAAUAGAACCAAAGAAGAGACUGAAAGGCAAGCUGAACUGGAAAGAGAGGUCAAUUGUUAAUUGUUGUUGACAAUAUUCCUGGAUUACUUAAUAUUCGAGAGCAGCAUUUUUUCUGGAAUACUUUUUAGGCCAGACUAAAAAAACACUGUGAUCAAUGACAUUUGAUAUUAAUAUUUUUCUCUCUCAUUUUGCACUUGUCAGAUGACUCAGCGGCUGGAAGAGAUUCAUGAUCAAAUGUCAAAAACAGAAUCAGAAUUAAGGGAAUCACACAGAAAACAGGUAUCUCAUGGCAUACUGAUGUUAGACUGCAUGAUAGAUAACCAUAGAUGUCCUGGAAUUUUUUGUUGACAUUUUCCAGGACUGGAAAGUCCUGGAAAAACACAAAAGGUCCUGGUCCUAAAUGUAUGUAGAUGGUAAGGAGAAUUGAUUUUUAAAUCUUGGGGAUGAAAAGGUUGAGAGUGAUAUUUGGAGUCUUGAAAAAAUCAAUUUGAGUCCUGCAAAAGUCCCAGAAAGUCCACAGAAUUUGUUUCUGAAAAAGGGCACUAACCCUGAAUAAGGUGAUGUCUCUUUUUUAACAGCUUCUGGAGAUGAGCAAGAAACACAAAGAAGAACUUGAACAGCAGUUGGGAAAAUUUCAUGAGGUUACUUUUAAUUACUUAUUAAUUGAUAAUAUUAUAGUAGAAGUAUCCCUAGUCAUAAUUUCAUGUUAAAGAUACAAGAAAAUUGUUGAAAGUAGGGUACAAAUCUACUUACAUCCAAAAACAUCAUGACAGCUCAUCUUUUACACAUAUAUUCUUGAAUAUAUAGUAAUAUAUCUACAUAUUCUUUUUAUAUAUUUUUUAAAUGUAUAUAUUCUUUUUAUGCAGGAGUUGAAAAAAAAGGAAAUCAAGGUGAAGUCUACUACUGAUGAAUAUAAAGAAAGGUAUUUUAAUUUGAAUUCUCAACGAAAUCAUUGUUUUCAAUUUUUGUCAAGAGAUAAGAUUUGAUAAAUAUUCCAGCCUGAAGGUUGAAAACGUGUAACUCUUUGGUUCCAGAAUCAGUGCUUUCCAAGAAAAGAUGGCUUCUCUCUCAAACUCAAGGCUUUACUUGGAGAAAGAAAGGUGAUCACAUUGAUGAGGUUAUUGUUUAAUAAUACUGUAACAACUGUAAUUUUUUUUAAGUCAACUACCAAUAUCUCUAGAAUAGAGCAGUUUACUGCAUUCUUGAUGAUUAUGUUUUGGUCACAUCUAAUAAAAAUAUUUGGAAUAGCUCCAAGCUGACUAAUGAUCUGGUUUUCAUUACUUUCAUUGGUACUUAGACAGAUGCUGUCUGUGCGUCUACAGCAGAUGAUGCAGUCUCACUGUGAGGAAGCCAUCAAGCUGUUGAAUUCCAGUACAACUUCAUUGUCCCCUCUGUCUGAAACACAACAGGUAUUCUAUAAUUAUUCUCCCUAAGAGUAUACCAUAUGCUGCCUAGAAUAUUAAACAAAAACAAUGUGAAAUAUCCUCAAGAUAAAGAACAGUAAGCUCAUUUCUCCACUAAGAUUGUCUGAGUGCAUAAAUAUUUUAAUUUCAGCUUGUACACAAUCAAAGCUCCUUUGCGAAGAAUGUCAAGGAGUCAAACUCUGACUGGGAAAAAGACACAGGCUACCAGCUUGGUAAAGGACCAAUCACAGCAGCUCUGUUUCAAUCUUCACAGGUACAUCAACACCAGCAGAAGAUACCUGAUGAAAUCUCAGCAAAUUAUGUAACACCUAAAUUAGCACAUAAUAUCAGCCAUGACAGUUCUCAGACUGAUAGUGGCAUGUACUCAAAGAGUUAUCUUAGCAACAAUGGAGACAUGGUUAGGCAUGGGAUGCUAUCACAUGACCAGUCUGCAAAUCCAGACUUUUUUCCUCUUCACACUGUCAAUGAUGACAGGACUGUUAUUGAGGGACAGGUAAUUAGUUUUAAGCUGUAGCUCACCUUUCCUAAAAAUAUAUUACUGGCUGCCUCACUGUCCUCUUUACUGAACCAUGAAUCACACUAAAAUGGCUAACUGUAAUUUGCAAAACGAAAUGAGACAAAAUGAAAAUCUGUAAAUUUGUCUACAAAGUGGAAAUGUGCUAAUGAUUUGCAAAUUAGAAAUCUGUAAUUUGAAAAAUGGAAAUAUGCUAAUGAUUUGCAUAAUAGAAAUCUGUAAUUUGCAAAAUGGAAAUGAAAGAAGUGCACAUGCUUGGAAAUCUGUGAUUUGCAAAACAAGAACCCCCACAGAAAAUUCCACAAGCCAGAAGAAUGAAUUGAUCAGUUCACCAUAAGUGUGGAUUGCAGCCUGCCAAAUAAUACAUUGAUUACACCUUAUAGACAGUACAGCUACAGCAUCAACUAACAUUUCAAAUUACUUUUGUGCUCUAUGGCCUAAAAAAUGCAUUGAGUUAUUCACGAACUUAGUAGAGAUUUCGCAAAGUUCACCACACAGAUUUUUUAUUUCUCACUUUUUCUAGUUGUUUUUAGGUGAACUUACUGAUUCAUUCUUUUGGCUUGUGGAGUUUUUGGCAGGGAUUCUCAUUUUGCAAAUCACAGAUUUCCUUUGGGCAAAUUACAGAUUUCUAUUUUUGCAAAUCAUUAGCAUAUUUCCAUUUCACAAAUUAAAGGUUUUUGUUUCGUUUUGUUCUGUUAUGUUUUGUUUCGCAAAUUACAGUAAGCCUCUAAAAUGUUACCUGAGGUGUAAUCUUUUGUGAACUGUAAUUUAGAUUCAGUAAUCAAUAAAUUAAUAAUUUAUUUUCAUUUUCUGUAUAGUCUGUGAUCAAUGGAGAUGCUUAUGAAGACAGAGAAGAAACACUUCUCGAACAAGAACUAGAUACAGAAAACACAUUACUAUCAGUAUUUCAUCAAGACAACCAUCUUCCUAGGUGAGACAUCUGUGGGACUCUCAACAGUGUAAGCUUUAUUUAGAGUGUCUGCUUAAUACUGGUGUAAUAAUUAAUAGUAAUUAUGAAUAAAAAAAAGUUUUUAACCUGAAAAAGAACAGAGUGAGUUAUUCAGACCUAAAUAAAAUUGUAUUAAUUGUUGAGCUAUUUUCAUGAUAGAGGUCUCAUGUAGUAACAAAUUAAAGUAUGUAGUUUUGUCCACUAGAAGUGUCUAUUGAAUACAGGUUUCACUGUGUCAAGGGAUACAACUAACCAAAAACUAGAGUUUUGAUUUAUUUAAAAGAGGUUUAUGAGAAAGGUAAGGCCUUGUUUAAAUUUUAUGAAAUUUAUAUUAUUAUAGUCAUAAUCAUUAUAUUCUAAGUUGCAUGAAAACAUUUAUAGACUAAUAAAAGUGUUCUUCUUGGAAAAGGACAUUUGCCUAAAUCUCAAAUGUAUGUGCAUGAAUUAUGAUGUAGUAAAUCUGGUAAAAUUUGGAUUUUUUUUGUGAUUGACAGGAAUGUCUCCCCUGCAGCUGUGACUGAGGAUACCAUAACAGAGAAACUUCAGCAGCAGGAAUCACGCCAGGCAGAAUUAAACCACUAUGUGAAAAUGGUGAAUGUUUUCAAAAAAACUGUUAACACUUUGUUUUGUCCUUUGUUUUUUUACUCUGAAUUUGUUUUAUUACUGACAGACACAUUAUUCUAACUUUGUUAUCUUCUAAUGAUUAAGGAUGGUAUUAUAAAAUGCAAUGAUAUGACGUGGUUGACUUACUGAUUCAGUAUACUUACUCACAGCUUCUGCAAAGAUCACCUGCAGAUCAACCCUAUAAGGUAACAUAGACUCUUUCAGAAAAAAAAACUGGUUUCCUUAUUCUUUUUUUAAAUUCAAAGCUUUGAUUUUUAAUUUUCUUGCAUCUUAUUAUUUUUACAGCAGGAAAAAGAUCACCUCCCUAAUGGACUUAGGCUGAUCCCUUCAUCCAGUGAUGUGCAAGGUUUGUUUGAUAGCACUUCAGUCAAACCUUAUUCUACAAAAUAUUUCUGUUUUCUUUGAAUUUGUUAAAAACCAAAAUCCCUACUACUUAAUAUUCAAAACCUUUGAUUAUUUAUUUCCAAUGAAUUAAAUGCUUAGUUUGAAUAAAAUCCUAUGUUUAUCAGAAGGUUUAUGGUUUUUCACUUACAAGGGUCAAUUUACUCUCAAAGUUGGCUCCUUUUGGAAAUUGCCAACAAGUGUGAGGUUUAGUCCUAGAGUUGAUGGGUCAGUACUGAAGAGGUUAUUUUCCUUUCUAAGUGAGAUUUUUACAUCAGGCAAACAGUGUCAUCUCUACAGCUAUGUGAACUUACUUACAAUUAUGUAUGUUGAUUCUCUUCCUUUGAACCUCAGACAGAUACUCUAACUCUUCCUCAGAAGUAAUUUCUCCCAUUCAUUCAGAUGGUCAGUUUGAGCAAAGACAUCUGAUGUCCUCACACCACCAUUCAUUCAAAGACUCAAGUUCACAUUCCUAUCAGGUAUUCCACUUGGUAAUAUACAACACCUCUCAUGGACCAAGAAGACAGGGCUAGGGAUACAUUUUUGUAUUUUCAUUGUGUAUCUAACUGGUUUAGGAAUGAUUUAAAGGCAUACAAAAUGGCUAUAAUUUACUGACACUUGGGGAAAACAGAAACAAUUAUUUCAAAAUCAUUACUGAGUCACCAGCUCUUUAUCAAAAAUAAUUCAAAGAAAACAAAAUAUUUCAAUUUCCAUUGGCUCAUUGAACCUUGAAGCAAUUGACAAUAACUAAUAAGAGGUUUUUGCAAAAAAAUUAGCAUUUAAGUUUAGCAGGUAUGCAGUAGGUUAAAGCCAGUUAAAUCAACCAAUCAAAGUGCACAUUGUAAACUCUGAUCACACUAAUUGAUGUUUCAGAAAGUGUCCUCAAACUCUAUCAUAUUCUAGAAUGGACUCAUGUUUCUUCUAAGUAAAUUCUGUUGAAAUUUGGCAUUCUAAAUUCUCCAAAGAACAUGCACAUUGAAACAUUCAUGGUGUGACCCUGAUCAUUUCACAGGAAGUUAAACAUAAAGCACACCCACCACAAGCUGCCUUCACAAAAACCACAGUCACACCAGGUACACUUAGCAUUCCAAGCCAAGCCAGAGAAGAUGUUGGUAUUACAAGUCAGGUAAUUGUUAAAUUGUGUGACUCAAUAGUGUUUGUGUUUACGAAAUAAAGUUUUGAAGAUAUUAGGGUUUGGUGGUCCUUCGUAAUAUCUCUGUUCCAAUUUCAAUUUAAUCAGGUACCAUUACAUGCACCACACACUCGAAUAGGUCAAGUUGCACCUCACACACCACCCCGGAGAGAACGAGACAGUGAUGACCAUCAUCCUCUCCCAGGAGCAUUAACUCCUCACCAAGUUGGUCAGCUGUCUAGAAUGCUUGGACUAUUUUCAGAACCCGGUCAGCCACAGAUUACAGCUGAACAACUCUUCGCUUACCUCAGAAGAGUGCAGAACAAGUGAGUUCUCCUUUAACCCUUUAACUCCCAAGAUCUCAUUAGUAAUUCUCCUUACUGUCUGCCAAAUGAUUCUCAUUAAGUUAGUUUGGAGAAUUUGGUUUCCUUAACAGGAAGUGGCUAGGAGUAUUGUUACUCCCCCCUGGAUCCCAUCACGGGGUUACCCCCAGCAUAUUUGCUGGUACCAUUUGUACACCUGGGUGAAGAGAAGCACAGUGAGAGUAAAGUGUCUUGCCUAAGAACAACACAAUGACCUUGGCCAGGGCACUAACCCAGACCACUUGAUACGGAGUCAAGUGUACUAACCAUGAGGCCACCGUGCCUCCAUAAUUGAUAUUUUUAUUUAUUCUCAUCACUUGUCUGUAUGAUAUUGUAUAGAUAUAGUAAGGAGAAAUUCUGCCUUGGUCACUCACUGGAGUUAAAGGGUUAAGGUGCACAUUGUGACCUAAAAAACUAGUUAUUUCCUUUGAAAGCUAAUCUUAAAGUGGUCAGAUUUAAUUUUUCCAUUAUUAUAAUUGUGACUGAAAAUCAUUUUAAGUAUGCUUUGUUACUGGCUAUAUUCCCCUAUCAGCAACCCAAUGGGUAACAGUCUCACAACAUCAGCAGCAUCAAGCCCAGUCAGUACCAAGGCCCACAGCACACAUGAGCACCAUGUACUGGGACAUAGUGUAAGGAAUUCUCCUUCCCAGGCUCUGCAAAAACAACACAUGAUAGCCAACAAGGCUAGAAGAAGUCUGGACACUAACUCUCACAAGAGACAGGUAGCAAACUGCAGUCACUGCUCCCAUUAA